UGGUACAAAUAGUCAAACAGUGCGAUACCCUUUGGUUUCACGAUGAACCCACAAAUCUCUCAUGCGGCAGCAUAGGUCAUUCCUGUAGCCACAAACAGCAUUCCACACGAACAUUUCUUUCGAGAUCAUACGUAAAUCAAGCAUGACGAGCCGGCAAUUCAGCAUAGCGGGGUCGGUAUCAGAGACGACUGACGAGCUUCCCGAUGCGAACACAUUGCCCGACAACUCGGACGCAGACGGCACCAGCAAAAAGGGCUAUCUCGGCAAGUCCAGUAGCAGCAGCAGCAGCAGCAUCGCCACAAUUCUCAAACAGCUGAUGGACGCUCGCACAAGCGAUGCCAGCCGCGAAAUCUGCAUCAACCAGCUGAUGACCGAGCUGGAAGCCCUGCUCGACCAGCGGGACAGCCUCCACCAGCAGGAGAUGGAGACACAAAAGACUGAGAGCUGCAGGGUCCUAGAUGGACAAAGGGAAUAUUACCAGAGCCUGCUGCGAGAGACGGAGGAGCACGCUGCCCGGGCGCUCCGUGAGCAGCAAGUCGAGCUGGAGGGCCUGCGCGGCAAGGUCGCGAGCAUGCGUGGCGACAACCAGGAGCUCGGCAGGCAGAUUGCAGAGUUCACGGAGAACUGGGAUGAGUGCGUGGACGAGAAAGGGGCUGCCGUCGUCGCUCGGGACAGGGCGCUGUCUCGGGUGCUCGAGCUGGAGGAGAAGCUGCGGAGAGCGGAGCAGGACUUUCGGGGCAUUGACCGGGAGCUGAAGGAGCAGGCGGACAGGAUGGAAGAGGCCGAGCAUGAUGCGAAGCAGAUGUCGGCUGCGAUCCGUGCCGAGACGGAGCUGUGCCGGCGCGUUCAGGACGAACUGGACGCAGUACGGGAACAGCUCCUGGCGAAAGACGAGAGCAUCGACAGCCUGAAUGGACAGAUCCUGGACCUCCAAAGCCGCAUGUCUAUUGAUCGGUCCACUGGGACACCGAGUGUAUCACCGUUCACCACGAUAUCUCAGUCGGAGGGUAAGCCUGCGCCUGCCACUGAUAACAACAACAACAACAAACCCGAAUCCAGGAGAAGACUACGGAUCAAGAGACACAUCGCUGGGCAGUCUCUUAUGUCGGAGUUGGAGUCUACUGCCGCCGCACUGCCGGGCGCACAUGGUCACAAACCCCCUGAUGUAGAAAGUACUGGACAACCUUGGGAGUUCUCGGACUACGCGCACUGCGAAGGGUGGGGAGCCGAUACCACAAUGCCAGAUUGGCCAUCAGGUUAUUCCAGUCUGAGAAGCACCUGCUCGACACGGUCGCGAAGCUCGACCCCCCCGGCGCUGAGCGACGCCGGGGACUUUACAGAGGAGAGUCGCCUGCUGUCGUCGUCGUCCGCGUGGAGCUGGCCAGACAGCCGGCAAGGGUCAGUGUCGCAGCGCUCGGAGCGUGUGCCGGCGACACGGCCGCCAUGCCGGAUUGGCUGGGCCCAUGUCUCAGAAGACCGCAACGAGCAGUGGUUGCACGCGACCAUGUUGACCGCCUAUGGCUAGAGGCCAGAAGGUGCGAGACAGGGCGGCGCGUGGCAGGCCUCGCCGUGGUGGAUGUGGGUUGUACAGUGCGUGCUGGCGGU